UCCGCCAUUUUGUUGUGUGUUGUGUGCUGUCCUGUCUGUGUCUGUCUUCACGUGAAAAAUAGGAUUACCUUAUACAUUACAUGUAUGCUGAAGAGAAACUUGACAGUGUGUGUGUGCGAUAGCAAGAGAAUGAAGAUGACCGAGAACGUGGAUCCCUCAGAUAAUAACAUCAGUAUGAAUUCAAGCAGUAUGAAUUCUCACCAUAAGGCAGAACAACCUGACCCUGAUGCUAUCAAAAUGUUUGUCGGUCAGAUUCCACGUUCCAAAGAUGAAGAUGAUCUCAGAAAGAUGUUUGAGGAAUUUGGGGAUGUAUUUCAGCUCAACGUACUACGAGACAAAGCUACAGGCCAGAGUAAAGGAUGUUGUUUUGUUACAUUUUACACAAGAAAAGCUGCUCUGGAAGCUCAAAAUGCCUUACACAAUAUCAAAACUAUGGCUGGGAUGCAUCACCCAAUACAGAUGAAACCAGCGGAUAGUGAAAAAAGAAAUGCAGUAGAAGAAAGAAAGUUAUUUGUCGGCAUGUUAGCCAAGAAGUCCACAGAAGAGGAUGUCAGAAUGAUGUUUGCUCCCUACGGGACGAUAGAAGAUUGUACAGUAUUAAGAGAUCCAAACGGGCAAAGUAGGGGUUGUGCGUUUGUCACAUUCAGUAACCGGCAGAGUGCACAGAAUGCCAUCAAAGCCAUGCAUCACCACCACACAAUGGAUGGCUGCUCAUCACCACUGGUGGUUAAAUUUGCUGAUACACAGAAAGAAAAAGAGGCAAAGAAAAUGCAACAAGUCAACUCAAAUAUGUGGAAUAUGGCAGCUUUAGGUGGUUUAGGGGCACUGAACCCACAGUAUCUUGCAAUAUUACAGCAAGCUGCUGCAGGAAACCUGGGAGCUUUCUCAAAUUUUGGUAACCUAGCAGGUGUGAAUGCAUUGGGGCUGCAACAGCUAAUAACGGCGGCCGCAGCUGCAGCAGCAAGUAACAACCCCCCAGCAGGUCUGGCGGCCCUGGCGGCAGGGUUAAACAGCAACAACCUAACCAAUAAUUCCAGCUCGGCUACACAGGGGACAGCCAAUAGUGCACCAGGUGAUGCCAACAACAUGCAGCACUUACAGAACAUUCAAGGGUUGGCUGCCCUCGCCAAUGCGACCAACAACCCCAGUGGACCAGCUGGAGGUUCGUUAAACACAAUGGGGAUGCAGAAUCUAGCAGCUUUAAACCAGUUGUCAGGGGCAACCAGUUCACCAAAUGUUUCUGUGUUAGACAGAUCUCCCAUAGGAAGCCUGACGGGAACGACCACCAGUAACUCCAUGUCCACCUGUAUGAGUGGUUUGACAGGGAUGCAGGCCCUCGCAGGCAACAGCUUACCCAACAUGUCCAGCCUAACAGCUAACAUGAACAAUGGUGUUAACGGUAUAGGCACCUCCAUGGGUGCCUCCAACCCCUCCAGUCUAGAUGCCUUAAGCCAGGCCUACUCGGGUAUCCAGCAGUAUGCAGGUUUGUCCGGUUUAAUCAAUCAAGCCUCCUUUCCAAAUGCCUUCAAUAGCCAGUCUGCAGCACAACUUCAGCAGGUCGGCGCGAACUCCGCCGCAGGCAAAGUCUCUGAAGCUAUGGUUUCAGGUCCAGAAGGGGCAAACUUGUUUAUCUACCAUCUCCCCCAGGAAUUUUCUGACCAAGACCUCAUGCAGACUUUUGCCCCAUUUGGAUCUGUUGUGUCCGCCAAGGUCUACGUUGACAAACAAACAAAUUUAAGCAAAUGUUUUGGUUUUGUGAGUUAUGAUAACCCUGUCUCAGCCCAAGCAGCCAUCCAGGCCAUGAACGGAUUUCAGAUCGGCAUGAAGCGACUCAAAGUGCAGUUAAAGCGACCAAAGAGUGAGGGGAAACCUUACUAAAGCGGGUGUCUGCAGGAAGCAGACGACGUGCCGUGUAUUACCCGUGUGUGACGUCCUUCAUGUCUCCUCUGAUCGCUCUACCUGUUACAUUUGCUGUUGUAAGUGUACACCACGUCCUGCAAACAAUACGUUCAAUGACCUUCUAUGGUUUGUUUCUGCGUCGUUCUAUAAGAGCUAGCUAUCUAGCUAGCCUUGUCCAUGAUGGCUUUUAGCUGAUCACUCAGCGUUACAGGGACCCCCUCCCCUCCUUUUCAACUGGGCAACUCGACACGGGACAGCGUCGUGCAGUCCGACUCGCACAGAUUUUAGUUGUAUAAAGCUAUGCCAUUGUAAUAUUCCAGCGCCCAUUAUGUAAGUAACACCAUAGGUUAAGAUGAGAUGAAAGAAAUCAAGUAUUACGUUUUUAAUCUUGAAUGUGAUUUUUUUGUUUGUUUUUUUUUUAUAUUUUUUUCUUUUUUUUUUUCUUACAUCAAAUGUUGAUUGAGGCUUUGUUAUUACACUAUACCUGUUUCAGUUAACACAUAUAACCAGCUUUGUUUGUAAUCACCUGGGCUUGAUUUUAGUUCUGGAAUACAACUACAUGUAACCUUAAGUAAUCAGGGGGGAUAACUUUUGUCCUCAAGUUGGACAGGCAACUUAGUUUUAAUUUGUUAUCAUAGGUUGUUUAAGACUAGGAGGAGGGUGUUCCUAGCUGCUAACUUAACAGCAAAAAGAGCUCAGAGUGUAACUGUCUUAUUUGUUUGUGGAGGUAUACUUAACAUUAUAGCACCUAGUUUGUUGAAAUGUUUCUUUGUAGUUAAUAAACGAUUUAAGUUUGGUGCCCUGUGGUGAAUUGUUUGCAGUGUUCAACGAACUGUUACUGUUUUGAAAAUUGUUUCCCUUUCCCCUCGCUGUUUAUAAAGAAUGUUUAAAGUUUGUUAAUCAGUGUGAAGAAAUGAUUUAUUAUCCAGUCCUGGAAUUUUUGUGUUUGUGAGAUGAUUAUAAGAGCUUUUUUCCCUCCCCCGUUUCUCAUUGUACCAUGUUCCGAAAGCCCUGUGUGAGGCUUUUGAGUUGAACCGAUGUAUUUGUAUGGUGUGUCCUACAGAAUAAUCUGACAUCACAAGGUUGAUAUUUUUUUUUGUUCAAAACUUUAAAAUGGCAGUAUUAGAUAGUGUGGCUGGGAAUAGGGAAAGGAUUUUUGUCUGGAUUUAUUAUUUUCUAUGUGUUUGUUUUGAUCAUUUCACAUGCAAUAUAUUUGUAGGUGUUCGUAAAUAUUACCAUACAGCACAAUGCAUCCACUUUUAUCUUUAGUGGUUUAUGUUUUAUCAGUUUACAAGGAGUAAGUCAUAUGUGCAGUACAGGUCUGUAUGUUUUGAUAGGGUGGGAAAAGGACUGGUUGUGUGCUGUGCUUUUGGAUGGCAGAUUUGGUACAUGUAAGCUAAGGAGUUCAACCAAGUAGAGAAGCUUGACUCGCAAAGCUACACAUGACCAAGAUCUAACAUCAGCUCACCUGUGUAAUACAUUUGCAAUUCUUCCAUUCAGAAAGAAUAUGUAAGUUCAUGUAAGGAGCAUUUCAUUUUAAAGGUAGCUCACAAGGAUGUUCAUUUAAAGUUAAUACACAGGUGUUUUAAAUAUUGGUAGAGUGUAAAUGUUGAGCAUCCCAGUAACCAUGAAAGUCCCAUUGAGUAGAUGAAAUUCAUUCUGGGUUAUCUUCAUACAGAGAUCUGGUGCCAUUCACUGUAUUAAUAUAUCAUGUCCUACUACGUUGACCACGUGUCAUUUCAGAGAAGUUUUAAUAAUACUGAGAUUGUUGAUUUGCAUUUAUUACCAUAUUAGUUAUUGAUUAUCAUGUGUCAGUGUUGCACAGAGGAUAUAUUGAGAUUUUUCCCCCCUCGUUUUACUAUUAUCUGCCAAAGUCACAUUAGUUUUUAUUCUCAGUGGGUUGGAUUUAUGGACAGUUACCAUAGGCUUUAGACUGUAAUACCGUACCUGUAUUGGUUGUUGACCCAGAUUUGGACCUCACAUUACCUUUAAGUUAACCAUAUUCACACAGAUAUUUAAUUAUCACUGGUUGCUCCUAGUAGUUACGUACAUAUAACACAGAGUAGCUGCAUUGAUGAUAUCAAUGCAGGUAAUAAACUUAUUUAUUUAUAGAUCUUUGCCACUUUACUACAUAAUCUCCAUAGUUUUAAAAGAGCAAUACUACUAUAAUACCCAGAUUCCACGUCUUCAGCAGUACACUUAUGAAAAACAAAACCCAAACCUCAGGGGAGAUUAUCCAAGACCUUUCCAGGUAAACAGCAUUAACUAUUUUUACCUGUUUUAUGGUUCUGUUGAGUGUUUUUGUUAUGUGGUCCCUAAUUUAUUGAAAAAUUCUGAUUGUCAUCUGUCAGAUAGGGUGGGUUUUGUUUUUUAAUUUUCUUUUAUUAUGAUUAUUAUAAUUAUUUGGAAAGCUAUUCUCAGCCACAGUCUGUGUUAACUGCUGAUGGAACUCAGGUAUUACAUGUUUUAAUGUGUCGUCAGAACGCUGUGUUACCACGGUUACUGAAUGGAUGGCGGACGUGGUCACACAAAGUGGCAGGUCACAUGGUGGGAGGAGCAGAUAACUGUAGCCUUCCUACCACCAGGUGAAGCCCCUUGUGUUUGUAGAUUGUCUGUAGAACACCAUACAGCGCUUUUACGUCUGGGGCUGGCCAAGUUAAUAUUUGAGGUACAUUAUAUGAUUAUGAUUAUUAUUAUCUGUGUUAUAAGUAGUAUUGAGAGAGAAGUAUCCAAAUCAAAAUAAUUUUGUCACAACUCGUUGGCUUUAAACAGAUGAUGUUUUUGUUUCACGUUUUAAGGGUUUAUUAUAAGUGUUUAUGAAGGCUGUACGUGAUCAGGGGAGAGCACCUUUAGCAUCACCAUACUGGCCAGUUAUAAUUGUACGUGGGGGAAACUGUCUCGGCCUACUCUGUUUGUACCAGAUCUUUGUCUAGUGUUAGUCUGAACAAUCCCUGAUAGCAUACAUGAAGUUUCAUUGUGCCCAUUGGGAGCCAGGAAAAAAAGGGCAACUUGUCCAGCGACCCCCAUGUGUUCUAGUCAAGAAUUCAUAUUAUCAGUUCGACUUAUUCAUGUGUGUCUUUAACGUACAAGUAUGCACUCUCGACACAUAUCCUUUAGCCCAUUUUAAAUGGCAUUUUAUACUUGUACAUUAUCAGGACCUACAAAAUGAGGAGUAUUGGAGCUAAUUAUUAUUACAUGUAUUGGGAAUGCUUGAAACAUGAGAGACAAACAAAUCAAGAUGCUUUGAUAUCAAAUUUUAUUUUUGUUAUGAAAGAAGCCAAUAAUACUAUAAAUUGAUCAACAGUUAAUUAGAUGUGUAAACGUUGAGUCAAACAGAUUCCUAGUAAGGUCACCUCAUAGAACCACAGCUUUGGUUUUUUAUUGACACUCUUAUAUCGUUUUUAUCUUAGAUGGACAUUUCAUUUUUGCUUUGAUUAAGCCCAUUGUAGUUAUUACAACUUUGAUUUUCCUUGUACCAUGUUGUGUUGUGGUUUUGGCCGUGUACAGAAUUGAAUUGACAUUAAAAGACAAUAUAAUGAGA